AUGGAACACAAAAAUCAAGAUAUAGUGAAAACACUUUAAGAAGUUAAGAACUUUCUGGCUACCUACGUCACUUAAAAAAUACUGACGCCUGAAGAAAGUGAAAUACAGCAUGCUCAUUUGAAGAAAUGUGCUUCAAUGAUAAGUAAAAGAGAUUUUAACAAAAGCUGCGACAUUUUGCAGAAAAGCAAUUAAAGAAUAAUGCAGAAUAAAUACAAUAAGCAUACAUUCCAAUAAAUCCAAAAUAGAUCAAUGAAGAAAUCUAGGAUUGAUAAUACAAGCAUCAAUAAGCUGUACUAAGAUUCAACAUUACUCAGUCAUAAUCUCCAAUUUGAUGAUAUUAGCUCUAUUAAUGAGAAUACCCCUAAAAUGACUGAACUCAAACUCAGCACAAUUCAUCACAAAGAAAUAAUUCUCUCAGCCCAAAAGAAAAGUCAUGUUAGUAAAUACCUCUUUGAUUAAUAGCAAGAAUCUGGAUAUGGGGAUGCCACUCCUAUUGCUACUAUCAACCUAAAUUUUAGCUCAGCAAAAAAGAAGAUUGUCUCAAAAUUUGACCAAUCUAAUAGAUCUGUUGCACCAUUAGAGACCAUAAGCUGCAGCACCAUAAAUUUGCUGAAUGAAUGUAGAAAGAAAACUGAGAAGAAAAAGCAUUAAAAGCAGUCUUUUAAACAUAAAAGAUCUAUGGCAAAUAUUCUAGAGCCGCAAGACAAAUAGCAAAUUGGAGUAUUCAACGAUCUCCUCGAAGAUUUUCUUAGAUUAGAAAACAAAGCAAACUAAAACAACGACUAAGUGAUAAUCAAUAACAUCCUUAAACAUAAAAGAGACAGCAAAUUUAAAAAGAAGGUGCUUGGAUGGUUCAAGUUCAAUGCAGUAAUUUCAAAAUACAGGAAGUUGAAACUUAUUUAGAUUGAGCAUGAUCUAACUCUCAAAAUACUUCGAUCAAAAUUCAACUAGCUCCAAAUCUAUGAUUAAAGGAUUUUCAAACUAAUUGAUUGUUUCAGUAGUUUAAAAUCUAAAUCUGUAAAUAAAAAGCAAGUUUUAAAGAAAAAUACAUAAAUGAAGACAAUUGAAAACUAUCAAUAAAAAAUAAUGAAUUUCAGGAGAUUAAUUACCUAGUCUAAAAGGCCAGUUAAUUAUGAUUUCAUAUUGAACUAGCUAGCUAUUUACUAAUAAAGAGUAAGUAUUAUAAGAAGAUUUUACUCAAAAUGGAAAGAUAAUCAUUAAUAAAUCAGUAAAGCUUCUAAGGUCUUGGCUAGAACUUUAGACUACGUAUACUUCAAGACUAGAUUAAAGGAAAUUUUUAAAUCUAUGAAUAAACUUAGAGAGUCUGAUAUAUACUAUGAGUAAUUUAAAUACCUAAGACAGGUUAACAAAUUAAAAGAUAUAGUAUUGAACUCACACAAAACUUUUGAAGUAUAAAAAUCACAAUCACCUAAUAAAAGACCAUUGAUUAAUGGCAAUUAGACUCAGAGAAUAAGAAGAAACAGCCAAAUUAAUAUUCCAUAAACUUAAAAUUAUAUUGCUAAGACCUUCAAGCAAAGUCAAGACAAACAAUAGAGACAGUAAAGACCUCCAAGACUAAAUAAUGCAUAAUCAGUGGGAGGGUUUAAUCUCAAUUUAAAGGCAUGUAAGAGCCCACCAGGUAAAAUGAAUAUGCUUUCUAGAUAAUAUAGUCAUACACUUAUAACUUCUCAGUAAAAUUGA